CUAUAUCUUAAUUUACAAACAAAUCAUAAUAAAAUUUACUUCAACUACGACUUAUGCUACUUAGAGGAUAGCUUUUCGUACUUUCUUAUUAAAUAACUCUUAUUAACAAGCUUUUUCUUCUUCUCGUUAAUAUUCGAGCGUUUCGAGUUCUUUGAGCUACCAUCAUCUUCGUGUAAUCGAUUUAACGUAUCGGCAGUUGAGUUUAUGGACAGUAAUCCUUCUGCUCUUAGAUCCUCAAACCGCAUCCGGGCAAUUGUUCUUAUUUUGAUGUAAGUUUUCACCACCACUGCAUCAAAAUUUGGAUACUCUGCUAAAACAGCUGCCACAAGAUUUUCUGCUGUGGUGACCAACCAUGUUGGCCACAGAACGCGACCCACGAUUAGCGUCGCUCUCCAUCUUUUGGAUAUCUAUGGAACACAAUUCCACGGGUUUUUGUGUUCGCAAUCGUAUUCCCGCAAUAUUUCACUGCACAAAAUGAUGGCAUCUGAAAUUCAAAAUAAAUUUUACCUUUAGAAAAUAACUAAACUUUAUUCCACUUACCUUCACUAUUGAUUCACACGCAACAAUUUUCAAUAACACAAACAUCUCUAUGGAUACGCUAGGAACCAUCGGUGGAGAAAAUACAUAAACAUAUUGACCAGCUCGCCGACUCACCAGCUGUCACUUUUCACCCCCUCGCAGCUGACCACACCGCGCACCCACUGACUGCUUAGAUCACUGAACCUCCCUUCAAUUAAUCUUGAUGUAAAUAUUCUAAAUAUUGCAACUUUUCCCCGGAAUAUGAUUCGUCCAUCUCCAAAUGCAAAAAACUGAUCCAGGAACACCACCGAUGGAAUCUGUACGACUUCGUGGAUGAUCCCCAAUUCAUCAAGCACAACUUCCGGUAAGGAUCUUCAACCUACAACGGGUUUCUCCGCACCGUUUAAAGUGACUUUGAAAAACAGAUGUGCGCCUCCAAACAUCCGCUGAGAUGAGCAUGUGGAAAUUCAUCUGCAGCAAGGGCAGAAUAAAACCAAUUUUAUAUGAAAAUGCGGGAAAUUUGGAGCAAGGAUAUGAAAAUAAAUGCGCAAUAUACAAAGUUCACAUUGUUAAGUUUUUCUGGCCUUUGUUUACCGUAAAUAAAGAAAAAUGGCUAAUUUUAUUCAUAGCACAUGAUUUUAGAACUUUAUACGUUAUAUGUUUAUUUCCCGAAUAAUCAUUUAUCAAUAUAAAACCUGUUUAUACUAGCCAAGCUUAAUAAGCUAAAAUGCAUAGCAAUGAGUGAAUAGACCGAAUAUGGUUUUAGAAUGGUAUUUAAGCCAUUUAGUAUAAUAUUUUCUUAGCGUGUACACGCACCCUGGUACACGCACCCUGUGUGAAUGGGCCCCUUAUCAAAAAUGCGUGCAUAUCUGAGUAGUUUCGGAUUACUGUGCGGGGCUAACACCGACGACUGCUCGCUCUGCAGCGCCACCAUUCGCCGCCGGCGGCUGUUCCGCGAAACACUCGCUUCGGCUGUCCUUUUCAAAAAGCGCUGGCCGCCGACAGUCGAAAAACAAACGAACAACAGCAACAGCAUCAAGAAGUCCGUCCGUGUAACAGAAAAAAGGUCGUCGCGUUCAAGUGCGGGAAGUGUUAUUUUUAGAGGGGGAUUUUCAUUGUUUUUCCUGCGAUUUCCGCGAAAAAAGUGCGUUAAGUGAAUGCUUCCAGCUGUUGGGAAGUGAGAAGUGAUAAAAGUGAUCCGAUAAGUGCAGUGUUUGAAGGUUAAAUUUGGGUUAAAGUUGGUCCCGUUGGUCCUAUUGAAUAGCGAUUAAGCAUGAAUCGUGGAGGAGCGGUUGAAACGAAAACUCCUUUGAAAGAUGGCGGCGGGGAGUUAGGCCGGGCGACGAAAUCCGGCCGGAAAGUGAAGCGUCCGGCCCAUUUCGACGAUUCUCCGGAUGCGAAGCGAAUGGCGUCCCUGGACGAGGUGUCCCCCAAGCGGAAAGAGGUUCCGGAGUCUGUGAAGAAGUCUGCCCGAAAAACGUUACUUAAGAAUCAGCCGGAGGAAUCUUCCCCGAAGAGAAACGGAGAACCGGCUGGGGAAGUGGUGAAGAAGUCCGCCAGGAAAACGUUGAACAAGCAAGAGGCAAGAGAGGAAGAACCGGAGCCAACGCAGAGAUCGUCUCGUAAGACUAUGACGGUUGUGACCAGGGAUGAAUCUCCGGAACCGGAAGUGGCCAAGAAGUCUGCACGUAAGACUCUGCUCAAGUCGGCGGUUAAGAACUCAGCAGAACAGACACCGGAUACACCGAAGAAGGACAAACCCGCGCCGGAAACGCCGAAGAAAUCCGCCAAAAAGGCCGAACCGGAAGAAGAAACGCCGGCAGGUCCGGGAAUCUCCCGCACGGGUCGCAAAAUUAAGAUUCCUGCCCAUCUAAAGGAAUUCGAGGACGUGGUCGUGGCAAGUCCUAAGAAGGAAGUCCCGGAAAAGCCAUCAAUGGCACGCAAAUCUCUGGCGCCGGUUGCCCUCGAGAAAGAGGAAGUUGUUCCACCGAAGACCCCAGGAAGGGGAAGAUCCCUGGCAGCGCCGAAAAAGGCACCGGAACCAGAACCUAAGGAAGUAAAGAUCGAGCCAAAAACUCCUCGACGGGGAAAAUCGACAGCUUCGCUGGAAAUCGUCGAACAGGACGACCCAUUGGCGAUUCCCGCGAGUCCCCGGGAGGUAAAAUCUCCCAGGAAAGAUAAGCAAGCGGCAAAGUCUCCGGUCAAGGCUCCAAAACCGAUCGUCGAUCCACUCGAAGUGGAAGAAGAAUUGCCCGUGAAAACUUCAAGGCGAGGCAAAUCAUUGGCCGCUCCGGAAGCGGCCAAGUCCCCAGUGAAGGAAGACAAGCCUCCGGCUAAAACUCCUUCCAAGCGAGGAAGAUCGAUGGCUGCCCCGGCUCCAUCCUCUCCUCCAGUGGAGAAGCUCCCCAAAACACCCAAACAGUCCGCCGUAGCAAAACCCGUUGAGGACUUGCUUAGCUCCGAACCGGUGUCGCGCUCCGGGCGGAAAAUCAAACCCAAGAAGUACUUUGGCGAAUUCGAAGAAGAGGAAGUCGUCAUAGUAGCUGCACCGGUCAAGGUUGCUUCCCCCGUUAAAGCCGUUGUCAAAAGUUCCCCAGUGGCCAAGGCGGCUUCCCCGAAAGUCAUCGUCAAAAGUUCCCCCCUAGCAAAGAAGGAAUCCCCGGCUAGGGCCGCCGUACCGAAGAAGGAUUCUCCACCGAAGCCGAAGGCAGCUUCCCCAGUCAAGCGGCAUCAUCUGGCGGUGGAAAAGACCAUGGAACUGCCGAAGAAGCGCGCCAAACUACUGGAACCGAAGGAAGGAAGCGGAAGUGGUGGUGAUGAGGUGGACAAGAAACUCGAUGAGAUUUCGCCCAAUACGGAGGAGCGGUUGAUUACCAAGCGGGGCGUCAACGAUCACCAUCAUGCGGCGAAGGAGGAGGACGAGGAGGUGGAGGCGAUGGAGACUGCCGAGGAAGCCGUGAAAGAAACUUCACAACCCAUUACGUCCAAUGACAAGGAAGAGGAACCAACGAAAAUCGACAAACAGGCCGUCGAAGAGAACAAACCAAAGCGAGGUCGCAAACCGCUUAAGGAUUCUGCUGCAAAACCGGAAGCAGCUCCCGUUGCCGAAGAGAGCAAACCAGACGACGAACCGGAGCAGCAACCGGAGAAACCCAAGCGAGGUCGUAAAACACUUCCGGCACCGCCUUCGGAGUCAUCCGACGACGCCGAAGAAUCGGCUCCACCAAAAGCUCCAAAAACUCCCGUUGCCCGGCGGAUGACAACGGCUUUGGUAUCGGCCCCGGCCGCAGAAGACACCGGAAGCAGCCGAUCCGGCAGGAAGAUUAAACCGAAAAAGUUCUUCGGUGAAGAUGAACCGGUUUCGGCCUCUAAGCCUAAAGCUGCCGCUCCUGUGAACGGUACAGGAGGUGGCCGCGGAAGACGAAAGACACUGGCAGCCGAGCUGGACAAAGCCAGCGACAGCGUCGAGGCGAAGGAGGAUAAGGCUGAGGAGGUGGUGAUGGCGGCUCCACAAGCAGAAGUGGAAAAGUGUCCUUCUCGAGAGGAGAUUCUGGCCGUUGUUGGGGCGGUGGAUCCGGUUAAACAAGCUGAGGAACAACCCGAUGCGAAGGUGGAGGAGGAGAACCAGGAGGUGAAGAAAGACGAUGAGCCAACUCCAAUGGAGGAAGAUCUUCCGCAAGAGCCGGAACCGGAACCGAUUACCACCCCCGUCGUCGGUACGGCGCCGGAAGAGGCAGUAGCUGAGGACAUUCCCCAAACAACAGACGAACCGGAACCAAUGGAAGAAGACUUGCCCCUAGCUACCGACAAUGGCGGAGACUCCGCUUCCCUGGAGGAACCGGUUCAGGAGGGUCAAAUCGAAUCGCUCGAAUCGGAAGGCGUGCAUGACGAUGAAGCUGAACCCGUGGUCCAGGAGGAAGACGAAAGCACACUGCAGGAACCGGAAACAGUCGAGUCUACCCGGGAGGAUUUUCAAGAACACUCCAUCCCUCAGACAUCUCCGCGUCGCAGUCAGCCGACGACGGAGGAAGCCCCAAAAAGUCCUGCUCCGUUACAUGAAGAGCCACCGGCUCCUUUGGAGCAGUCCGAUCCGGAGCCGGUGCCUGUAGAGUUGGUGGAGGCUCCGGAAGUAACGGAGGUGGCUGAAGAACCGGAGAAUGAUGAGAUCGCUGAAGAUGCGAUUGAAGCGCCAGUACAAGAAACUCCCGAAGAACUCCUGUCUGCCAUCUUUGAAGAACCUGCUGCUCCGACCCCGGCUGCAGAACCCAGUCAACAAACUGCCGAAGUAUCCGCAAGUAGUAGUUUCUCGGAGGCGCUUUGCGUAGAGGAAGAGUCUGCUGAGCAAGUCGGAGUCGAGGUAGCCAAAAUUGACGAUAGCAAAGAUCAACAGCAAUACGAGUCGGUGGAAUUCCUUGAAAUGUCUGGAGCAAGUACUGUUGCCAAUGAGCCGGCAACGGUUGAAGAACUUCCGGUAGAGCACACGAAUGGUCACGAGGAUCAGAUGAAGAAUCGCAUUUCUACGCCGGAACUUGAGGAUGAUCUCGAUGAUACCGAAGCCCCGCCCAUGGACGAUCUUGAUGAUGAGAAAGAAGACGAACUGCUCGACGAUGUCUCUGAAUCAAAGGAGGCAACGUUUUCAGAGCGCGAUCGUGACAACGAGUCGAUCAUUGUAAUACCCGACACUCCAAAACCUCCCAAGUCCGAAUUCGAUGCAGAGUUCGAUCUGGCCGAUAAAUCUCCCGUUCCGCAGUCAUCGCACACAACGGUUGCCAGGGUCGAAUUGCACCAUUCACCGGUGAUCUCACAAGGAAAAGUACCGACAACUCCCAGAACUCCGGAUUCUAAGCCCUCGAAGACAUCGUGCAGUCCAGAUAAACCCGACGAUCAGGAUCAAGCCAACGUUCCCCACGAGAUCAUCGACAUUACCGAAAGCCCGAUCGCUGUAUUGGAUCCGAAAUUACAUCACUCGGAAGGCAAACCCGGCAGUACCACCAGUACUCCGUUGAGGAUGGGUACCAAAAUGACCGCUAAGGAUCGGUUGAUCCAGAACAGUCGCAAGCGAUCGCUUUCGGCCAGUGACGCUGAAAUUGUGAAGAAGAACGUCACAUUCCACAGCCCGGCCAACAGCACCAUGCUGGUCGAUACCAUCGACGAACGGUUGAAGAAGAAAAACGAAAGUGCAACCAAAAUACCCCCAGGGCACCGGAAACGUUCGCUGUCGGAACACAAAGACGCCCAGCAGGAUGGGCCAAAGCCGUCGAAGAUCAGCAAGCUGCCCAACUUCAAGAACAUCCACCAGCAGCAGUUCAGCCGGAUGGAAUCGAUCGAGGAGUUCCACAACCGGAAGGUCCAGCGCGCCAAGGAGAUUCUGGCGUCCAGCACCGUGAAGAGUCCGGCGGCGUCCGCCCUGGUCAGGAGUGCCGAGCGUCCACCCCUUCAGAAGUCGAGCAGCCUCCCGCCCAAGUCGCCCUACAAAUCCGGCAACGGAGCCAGCUCGUCGUCGUUCAAACCCGCCGUCGUCCGCCCCCUGAUCCCGAAACCCUCGGAAUCCCACCACAAGCCACUUUCCGACGCUGACCGGCAGGAGAAGCGCCAGAAACAGUUCCACGCCACCUUCAAGCCCAAGUCCCAGGAAGGAAGCGGCAGUUCGUCGACAGGUAAGGACACUCCGGACGGUGCGCACCGGGUCAUCGAACAGAGCCGGCACAAGCAGAGCCAGAUCCUCAAGGGCGUGCGAACGAACAAGCGGUUCGAGCUCAUGAUGAAGUACCGCGAUGCGCAGGAAUAGGCUCGGUUUUUUGGGUUUCGGAAUCGUUGCCACGGUCCCAGUUAGAGAUAGUGACUGCAGUUUAUUCUAGUUCGUAGGUUUAGUUCUUCAUUAGUGUUUUAUUAAUCUUUUUCCCUUCUUGUUGAAAUCCAUCUUUCUACUUACAACAUUUACCCCGCAAUUUAAGCAUAGCGAAAGUAUUCGCGACAAAAUUUUUGCAUUCAGACAGGAAACCACAAACUUUGGCUCUUUCUUGUUUUAUUGAAUUUACUUCUUACUAGUUCUUUAUAAAAAAUUGACAUUGGUACGGGAUCGUUUUUGGAGGCACAUGAAUUGACACAAGAAAUAAACAUUUUUUCAACCUGUUGCUAGCAUUUAAGAGCAUCCCCCCUUAUCUGUAGUAGUGUGUAGAUCUCAUUAGGAUCACACAAACGUGUAAAGAAAUUAACCGUAACCUAAGACAUCAUUAACCAAUAAACAGAGAAGUGAAUAAUUAUCGUAA